AUGUCUGACACGAAAUACCUGCUUCCUCAUUUGCGUCGUAUCGUCACAUCCCACGACGCUAAAGGAAGUUCAAUUGUCCAGAGCGAUGUUGAAAUAGUUUCAGAGGCUAUGCAAAUCGCUCAUGAUCGAGGACGUGCUGCAUCCAUCUGGAUCACUACAGAUUCAGUUCCCACUAAUGACAAUAACAAAGAUGAGGACGGCGGGAAGCGCGUCAUUGAGGACACCUCUAACUUUAAGCUUGUACACCCAACUGGUACCAAUCUGCGCUCUACGGAACUAGCCCCCGGUGCUAUUACGCCAAUGCACCGUACGUCUUCCUUGGAUUACAACAUAUUGAUAUCAGGAGAACUGGUCCUUAUCACCGAAGACGGCACGGAAAAGCACAUCAAGAAUCCAGGUGAUACUGUCAUUCAGAAAGGCGCCAUGCAUGCGUGGAGGAACCCCUCACAGCAGUGGGCGAGAUGGAUUACAGUUCUGAUCGCGGCUGACCCCGUAAUCAUUGACGAGAAGAAGCUGCUGCCCGAAAUAGGUCACAGUGCCUAG